GGCAAACUGCUUUACGAAGCUUUCAAAGGCUCCUACCAUAUACAAAGUAAUAGGAAGAGUAGUACUAGAUGGUAUGGGUCAUCAAACUCUCAGAGUUGAAAUAUUCUGCACCAUUCAAAACCAGGUUAAGGCACUUAAAGAAUUUUCUUAAGCUUAUCAGAGCUACCAGCAUCUCUUGUACUUUGGGGCCAUUAUUAAUAACUAAACAGUUUUAACGAAACAAAGACACAGACGGGCUUGUUAUAAGCAAGACAAAAGAUUGAUCCCAGAGCUAAUGUUCAGUUCAAAAUAAUGUAAGGACUCACACUAAAGCUUCUCAGAACAAGAAUGAGUUUGAUUGGUCAAACUGCUGCAAGACUUUAUACCACUUGGGAAAAUGAGUAUUACUUCUGCUGUCAUCUCCUCUCACUUUGAAGUACUGGAAACUGCGAUGCCUGACACAGUGGAUGCAGUAGAAUUAGAACGGAAUGAAGCCAUCAGUGUGGCUGUGCAGUGGGUAAAUGAGUCAAUGACAGAACUUCUGGAAGGAUUGGAACCUACCCAACAGGAGGUGGCGGAUCAGUUACUUACGAAUUUUUUUGCAAAUAAACUACAAGAAGAUAAAGAGAGUAAAGAAUUAGAACUGAGCCUGCAGCAGCCAUUAUCCCUAAUGUCUCUCCAACCCCCAUCACCACCACCUCCACCACCACCACCUUCAAAGAAGAAAGGACAAAAAGGUAAGAAGGAAGUUAUUCCAGAGAAACCCAUCCCACCAGCAGAACCUCCUGAGCCUGUUCUCCACGGUAGUAUGGCCAUAGGGGCUGUAUCAUUAGCUGUGGCGAAAACAUGUGCUAUACUGAGCAAUACUCCAUUGUAUUUAAAUAUUGCAUCACUGAAAUACAAACGGGAAUCACCCAGGACACUGUCUCUUCCUUUACUGAUGAUCACCAUGCUCAGCUGUGGGAAGUCCUCCCCAGGAAAGCUGAAUCUGAUGAAAGAAGUGAUCUGUAUCCCGCACCCUGGAUUAACAGUUCAACAAGGUAUCACAAUGCUUCUAGAAAUCCAGAAACAAAUUAUAAAGAUUAUUGACAAACCCCAUACUCCAAAACCAGAGACCAAAAAAGGUCAUAAUGGGAAAAAAGGUGGUUCAACUCAGAUAGUUGGCAAGCUGUCCUACAUAGGCUGUUUAUCAAUUAACUAUGAUACCAUUGAACAGCCAUUGCUUUUACUACAAGGAAUCUGUGGCAACUUGGGACUGGAGUUAGGAAUCAACUUAUAUUUAGCCAUAAACUGUGCAGCACAUGAAUUUAUUGACUAUACUAGAGGAAAGUAUGAAGUAAUGACUGGAGUAUUCAAAAAUCCAGCUGAAAUGGUUGAUAUAUAUGUGGAACUGAUCAAUAAAUUCCCUUCAAUUACUGCAUUAAUUGAUCCUGUGAGGAAAGAGGACAGCGAACAGUGGGACAGCAUCUGUAAUGCUCUUGGUUCCAGAUGUAACAUCAUUGCAGGGACUGCAGCCAAAAGCAUCCCCAAGCUCCUAGAAGAAAAAAACCUCAGCACCCCUAAGUGCAGCGGGCUAAUCAUAAAACAUACAAACCAAACUACUAUGUCUGACUUGGCAGAAGUCACCAAGCUUAUUGAGAGUCAGAAACGCAUUGCCAUCUUAGGCAGUACGGAGGGAGAAUCUUCUGAUGAUAGCCUUGCGGAUUUGGCUGUUGGACUGGGUGUUCGUUUUCUCAAGUUGGGAGGUCUUUCUCGCGGGGAGCGGAUGACUAAAUACAACCGCCUUUUUGCUAUAGAGGAAGAACUCGUCCAGGGCGGAACACUGGUCCCGAGUGUAGGGCAAACAUUUAUUGACUUCGAAGAAGAAGCCCUAAAAGCGGCAGAAGCACCUGGGGCUACUUUGUCUUCUACGGAUGCUGAGAUCCCACAUGGCACGCCUCCUUUCUCCGUGACCUCUGAAACAAUGAAAUAAUGUGGACCUUCUAUGAUUAAUGGCAGUGUUCCAGUACAAAUCCGGAUUACUCGUGUUAGGAGGAUUGACAAAACCUUGUAUAAAUGAUUGGUUUUUGUACUGAACUUCACUUGUCUAUUUUCACUAUGCAGUAAAAUACUUCUAUUUGCCAAAAA